AUGGAGAGUGAAGGUACCACUGCCCCGUGGUUUAACAUACUAAGGUGUGUGCUGUUUGGUAUCACGGCCAUCCUCAUCAUCGGUGGUAACACAGUGUGUCUUCUCGUACUACGGCGUGUCAAAAAGAUCCACGCGGUAACCAGGCUCUUUAUGGCGUCACUUGCAGCCUCCGAUCUUCUCAACGGUAUCUUUGUGACUACUCCCUUGAUCGUGUCCUCGGCCAUGGAUCGCUGGCCGUACGGUGAAGUUGCCUGUGAUAUCUACGGCAUCGGCAAAUAUCUCUGCUAUUACUCCGGGCUGUUCUCAUUGAUCGCAGUCACAGUGGAGCGAUACAUCAUGGUCGUUGCACCUCUACGAUACCAACACAUCGUAACCAUAGAGCGUGCUUGGAAAAGUUUGAUUGGUAUAUGGGGCCUCAGCAUCGCUAUCAUGAUACUGUAUGGCUUUGGAGUCAACUGGAAAGGAGAAAUAGACGACGAGGAGGACAACUGCAGUCUCGGUGUCACCAACGGGGACUUCUGGUACUACCCGGUGCGUUACGGAGAGUUGAUGUUCAUCGUAAUUCCAGUUCUUCUCGUCACGGUAUUGUACACGCACAUGUGGUUGAAAGCCCGUCAUCACAUACGCGGUGCAGGAAUGGAGCAGACCACUGAGCAGAGACAAGCCGAUAAAUCCCGUCAAGUCAACCUUAAAGCUGUGGUCACUUUCCUCAUCGUCACAACGGCUUUCUCCGUGGCCUGGGCGCCGGCUGCAACCCGAAAGCUCUACAAGUUGAUCACUGGAAACUCUGAUACGUACUACACAGAAUUCAUUGCCCGGAUGGCUAUGCUGACCAACAGCUGGUUAAAUCUCUUUAUUUACUACAUGCGUAAUAGCUACUUCAGAGAAACUGCGAAACGAUACUUCAGGUUGUACUCGCGUUGCUGCCGCAGAGCGACGCCUGUAGUUAACCCGGCAUCUUAA